UUCCUGAGUGAGGAGGGCAGAAGCCAGAGAUCAUUUAAGUCCUCAGAGUCCUCACAUGCGUUCAGACGUCGGUGGUGAGGUCGGCACAGUCUUCCUCUGUGCCUGCCACUCGAGCCCGGCCUGCCCUGCCAGGGAGGACAGGUGUGGACAGAAGGUGUCUCCUGUGCCUGGGCUCCACCACACCAGCACGUUCAGCUCUUCUAGGAGAACUGUAGGAGAGCAGUUCUAUCACCAGAAAUCUGUCUUCUGCAAGGAGCUGUGCCCUCCUCUGCUCACAGCCAUGGGCCAGCUGUGGUCCACAUCUUCCGACACAGAGAAAUGUGCUUUGGGCUCCAUUAAUGAAAAGUACUUAAAAAAUUUCAAGAUGGAAAGUAAAAUCCUCUCAGAGCAAACUCAAGCCUUGAUUGAAUUCCACCUGAAGCGGGGGGAUGCUCAGAAGGCAGCUUCUGCGAUCAGUGACGCCCUGAAAGACAUCGAGAACGCUCCACUGAGCAUCGCAGUGACAGGGGAGAGUGGGGCAGGCAAAUCCAGUCUGAUAAAUGCCUUGCGAGGCAUGGAUCAUGAGGAAGAAGGCGCAGCUCCCACGGGGCCAACGGAGACCACCAAGUUCAGAACUGAGUACAAACACCCGACUCUUCGCAAUGUGUCCAUAUGGGACCUGCCUGGUGUGGGGACCACCAACUUUCCACUGAACACAUAUCUGAGGGAAGUAAAGUUUGCCGAGUAUGACUUUUUCCUGAUUGUCUCUGCCACACGCUUCAAAGACAAUGACGCGAAAUUAGCCAAAGCUAUUGCACAAAUAAAUAAGAAGUUCUAUUUUGUUCGAACGAAAAUCGAUAAUGAAUUAAACAGUGAACAAAAAACUAAACCUAAAACCUUCAAAAAGGAAAAUGUCCUGAAAAAUAUGAAAGAUGAAUGUCUGACACAGUUGCAGGUAGCUAAAGUGACGGCUGCUCAAGUCUUCUUAGUCUCCAGCCUGGAUAGGGCUGACUACGACUUCCCUGAGAUGGAGAACACCCUUCUGAGGGACCUGCCAGCUCACAAGCGUCACAUCUUCAUGAUGUCUCUGCCCAGUGUUACAGAAGCUGCCGUUGAUCAGAAGCGAGAUUCCCUAAAGCAGAAGAUCUGGUGGGAGGCCGUGUGGGCUGCAGCAUCAGCCACCAUCCCUCUCGUAGGCCUCUUCAGUGAUGGUGAUAUAGAAAAGCUGCAGGACACCUUAGCCCUCUACAGGUCUUCCUUCGGGCUGGAUGAUGCAUCGCUGGAAAAGAUUGCCAAGGAUUUGCACGUGUCCGUGGAACGGCUGAAGGCAAACCUUCAGUCUCCCCACUUGAUGCUAGCUGAGAACAAUGAAUCCUUCGGGGAGAAGAUGAAGCAGUACAUGGAGAAGGCUCUUUCACUCGUGGGAGGGCCCCUUGCUACUGGUGUUACCUUUACAAAGACGUUUUACUUGCAAAAUUAUUUCCUUGAGAUUGUGGCAAGUGAUGCGAAAGCUCUACUGAAAGGAGAUCUCUUCAGUGCCUCUGUGGGCUCUGAGGAGGGUUGCGGCAAAUAGGGAAACUGAGGCAGCCAGCUUCUGCCUUCACCCCACUGUUUUUUGGCUUGGUUUGAUUUGGUUGGUUUGGUUUUUCUUUUUUGGAGACAGAGUCUCACUAUGUAGUCCAGGCAGGUCUUGAACUCACUCUUCAUCCCAGGCUGGCAUGAGCCCCAGUGAUGGGGUUACAGCCAGGCACCCCAACACCUGGCAGCCCUGCUGUUCUCAUGGCUCUGGGCCCAUCUUUGUCUACAGUUCUCCAGAUGCAGCUGGGCCUGGUUGUGAUGCUGCCCCUUCAUAGGAAAAGAAAGUAUGGGAAGCUGGGGUUUUAUGCUAAGAGGAGAGAGCAUCUCACUGUGUGCUGCUAACUUGGUACUCAGUAGAAAACUGUGGAGCUGUCCAACAAUGCUGCUUCUGUUGAAGGGACUCAGCCAACAACGUGAGAAAGUUACUGCUGGAAGAAAGGCAGGCUAGUUUGAGAAGCCCUGUGUAUGACAAUGCAGCAAAUGGAAAUGGGCAGAAUGUGUUUAGCUCAGUAAGGUCUCAGGGCAACACAAUAAAUGUAUUGGUUAAUGCUGAGGAACACACAUUAUUUUGAAAACUGGUGUACAAGGGAGAA